UGCAUAUAAAUAUUUUUGAAUUAGAAAAAUUGCAUAUGAUAAAAACUGCACGAAUUGAAAUUGGAAGAUAAUUUUUGGUUGUAAUUGAAAUAAAAUUUAUUAUUAUGAAAAUUUUGUAAACAUAAAAUGGUUGGGUUGCUUGUUAAAUUCUUAUAAGUUGAAGGUAUUACUAACAAUUAUUAACUAAAUAAAAAAGAAAUAUUUGUUUUUGGAGUAAAAAAUAAAAUAAUACGUUAGAGUAAAACUAACUCUAUUUUAAAGUUAUAUUAUUUUGUAGUAAAAUUUGAAUUAAUAUAUUGGAGAGAUGUUCUUAAAAGAUCUUACACUAUAAAAUAGUAUAUUUGUCACGUCAAAAGAACUUAUUAGGGACACAGAGCUGCAUUAAAUCUCGCCGAACUAAGUCAUAUCUAUACUGCCUAGAAGCUUCAGCAAAUCUAUUGUUUCAGAAGAUAUUAACCAAAUUAAAUAAUAAUAAAAAUCAACUUGACAAACUCACGCCCUAUCUAAUUAAAAACAUAUAAACAAAUGUUAUGUUAGAACCCUAGUUUUUCAUCUUCCACGGCCACCUCUGCGUUUUAACAAUCAAGGUUGAUCCUGUCGCUAUGUCUUCAAAGAGGUUGAAUCUUGGUUCCAAAAAUUACAUCAGCGGCUUACCAGAUUGUCUUAUAAGUCACAUCUUGUCUUUUGUUCCCACCAAAGAAGCUGCUUCUACUUCUGUUCUAGCCAAAAGGUGGAGAUAUCUCUUUGCUCUUACACCUAAUCUUGAGUUCAAUGACUCUAUCUACCUGAAUUAUGAAAUUGCUAAUCAAAGGAAGAGUACUUUCCCGUGGAUAACAAGAAAAAAGGGCAAAACUCCUAGGAGUUUUGUGGAUUUUGUGGAUAGAGUGUUGGUUUUGCACCAUAAUGUUCCUUUAAACAGAUUCUCUCUCAAGUGUGAAGAUGUCAUUCAUCCAGCUAUUAUCAUUGGUUGGUUACUCAAGGUGAUGGAACGAGGUGUGUUAGAUCUUGAUCUAAACAUCUCAUCUGAAAUGGGUUACCGGCUCCCUUCAGAGAUGUUUUGUAGCGAGACUUUGGUUAGGCUGAAACUAGGAAUAAGAGAUGUUCUCACUAUUAAUAAGGAGAAAGGUGUUUUUCUUCCAAAGGUUAAGACACUCUGUCUUGACUAUAUUAUGGUAAAAAACAGUGUGUUUGCUAAGCUUCUGUCUGGAUGUCAUGCGCUUGAAGAGUUAGUUCUUAACAACUUGUUCGAGGUUAAGGGAUCUUGUUCUGUUUUUCAUAACACCCUCGAAAGGCUAGUGGUUCGCCGUUCAAGAACUUUUGAUGAGAACCUUGAGAGUGUGUCGUUUAGUACCCCGAAUCUUGUCUACCUUGAUUACUCUGAUGCUAUCGCAAACAUGUAUCCAAAAGUGGAGUUUAACUCGCUGGUCGAAGCUAGUCUCGAUCUUAUAAUGACAAGCGAUCAGAUUGUCAGCGCAAUCUCAAAUGAGGAUAUUGAUAGAUCACCUCAAGAAGAGAUGGUUGGUAAUGCAACAAAUUUUCUUAUGGGAAUAUGCAAUGUUAAGAUCCUUUACUUGUCAUAUAACACUCUUCAGGUACUUACUUACUGCUGCAAACCAAUACCACAAUUCAACAACCUGAUUCACUUAACCAUUCAGACUGACCCAGAAGUAGCUUGGGAGCCACUACCGGCUCUACUUAAGAAUUGUCCAAAGCUUGAAACCCUAGUCUUUGAGGGACUCCAUCACAAAAUCAAAAACUGUUGGGAAGAGGACAUGUGCUUGUGCAAACCUUGGGAGGAGGACAUUCCUACUUGCCUAUCAUCAAGUCCAGUGAAGGUUCUAAAGAUAUUGAAGUUCGGAGAUAUCUUUGGUGAUGAGGACAUAGAGGAGCAGAUAAAGCAGGUGCAACACUUCCUAGAGACGAUGCCGAAUCUUGAACAACUUAUAUUGUAUUAUGAUACAUCUUUUGACGAAGAUGUGAAUGAAGUGUCAGCACAACUUCAGUGGCAUCCUAGAGUAGCUUCAUCCAAGUGCAAGAUUUCAGUGAUCUCUGAUAACCUUUGCUUAUCAUACUGUGCCAUGUUCGGUAGUGAGGAAAUGGGGUCGUCUUCUUUAGAAGAAUCUUUCUGGUUUUGGCGCUCUCUUCUGGACCAAUCAUGACCUUUUUCUUUUGUUAUUUUGGAGCCAAAUAUGGAUGUAUUUUUUGUAAGGCUGCUAGGAGAUCUAAAACUCUAUAAAAAAUCUUGGUUUGGAAGGACUUGUGUUGUUCACUUAGUUAUGCUUUGUCUUUUCGCCCAGCAAUGGUAAGUGGUAACAUCAUGCUUUGUUUGUUUUA